CCCUUCCAGUCUUCCUGAAGGCUGUGGUCUCCCAGGCCUCAGCACAGGCCAGGCAUCUUGGGAAAUGUCAGAUGGGGAGCUGGGGUUCUCUGGAGGUAGUCAGGCCAAGGCAGGCCAGAAAUGGCUACUGAGCCCACUGCAGGCUAUGUAAUCCUGGGCUAAUUACCGCAUCUCUCUGGGACUCAAGGCUGUCCUCUAUGUUAGGCGAGGACUCUAGGAUCUGCCGUUAGGAGGAUCUGGAUGCUGAGAGGGAUCUCCCCUCCCUGGAACCCUCAGGGAAGAGGGCACUGCACUGUCUGCCAGCCUUUGAGUCUCCAGGAGUGGAGAUUAGCUGUGGCCAGUAUCCAGGGUAAGCGUGAGGGGAUCAGGGAGAGUGGUGGCCUCAGCAGGCCAGGGAUUAGCAGAUGAUACUCCACCCUCAGCCCCUGCAGGACUGCAGGCUCCCCACUCCCAGGAAAGCCAGGCUGUGAGUGCCCAAGCCCAGCACCCCAAAGCCCUGGGGCCUGCCCACUGUCCUGGUCACAACCAUUAGAAACAGACCCCCAAGGUGAGGAAACCCCAGGAAAGCCUAACUUAUUUGCAUAUAUUGGCAUGUGCUUUGCAUAUACCUGCCCAGGGGCUGAGCCUGAUGGGUCUUGGAGCCCCUCCUGUGAAAUUCUUGUAGGAUUUGUUUCCCCAGUUGCUCCUCCUCCAGUGCUCCAUACAGCUUCCAGAACAGCUUCCCUAACUGCUACCCCUUACAGAAAACCUUCCCAGAGUUGACUCCACUCACCACCCCACCCCCAAUUUAUUUCUUGACUCUUUUAAAGUUAUAAAAUAGAAGAAAUACAGAAAGUGCAUAAAUAUCUAAUGUAACUAAUAAUUUACAAAAUGAGACCCCAUAUAACUACCACCCACGCUGGUCAAGACAUGGAGUACUACUUUUAAAACAGUUUAGCAGUUUCUUAAAAAAUGAAACAGAAAUGUACCAUAUGAUUGGGUCAUCUGGAAGAUUCUACCCCAGGAGGCUUUCCAAGAGAAAUGAAAGUAUAUUGUGAGAUGCGAUGGCUCAUGCCUGUAAUCCCAGCACUUUGGGAGGCCGAGGUGGGCAGAUCACUUGAGGUUAGGAAUUUGAGACCAGCCUGGCCAACAUGGUGAAAACCCGUCUCUACUGAAAAUACAAAAAUUAGCUGGGCGUGGUGGUGCAAGCCUGUAAUCCCAGCUACUCAGGAGGCUGAGGCAGGAGAAUCGCUUGAACCUGGGAGGCGGAGGUUGCAGUGAGCUGAGAUCGCAGCAUCGCACUCUAGUCUGGGCGGCAAGAGCAAGAUUCCGUCUCAAAAAAAAAAAAAAAAAAAGCCCUGUCCCUUGCACCCUCUCCUCCUAGAUCUCUGUAUCCCUUCUAGUGUCCAGCCUCAGUCAUCUGCGGGGCCUUGGAUCCAUCCUCAAGGCCCAGCCCUGGGACACAGCCUUUCUGGCACAGUCCAAGGCAGGACUGCUGAGACCCUGCCCAGAGAAGACUCUAAGCCAGAAAGAACCUGCCUGUGUCCUGGCCUGGGGGCUGGGGAGUUGGGGUACGCCUCUUGCCACUGCUGAGUGGGAGUUGACAAGCCCCUGCCACCUUGAGGAGUCUCCAGGCAUCACAUGGGAACUCCAAGCUGUUAUUCUCCCACCAGCCACUCCAUGUCUUGGCCAAGCACCUGCUAAUCCUUUGCACACGGCCCAGCUACUGCCAAUUAAUCUUCCUUGUGUCUGAGGGGCCAGCUACAAGUGGCAGCGAGAAGGCAAUUCCUGGCUGGCGGUUGGCAUCUGAGCAGGCGUCACGAUGUUGGGCUGGGUCCAGAGGGUGCUGCCUCAGCCCCCAGGGACCCCUCGGAAGACCAAGAUGCAGGAGGAAGAGAAAGUGGAACCAGAGCCAGAGCUGGAGGCGGAGGUGGAACGAGAACCGAAUCCCGAGGAGGCCGAGACAGAGUCCGAGUCCAUGCCCCCCGAAGAGUCAUUCAAGGAGGAGGAAGUGGCUGUGGCGGACCCAAGCCCUCAGGAGACCAAGGAGGCUGCCCUUACUUCCACCAUAUCCCUCCGGGCCCAGGGCGCUGAGAUUUCUGAAAUGAACAGUCCCAGCCGCAGGGUACUGACCUGGCUCAUGAAGGGCGUGGAGAAGGUGAUCCCGCAGCCUGUUCACAGCGUCAUGGAGGACCCGGCUCAGAUCCUGGGGCACGGCAGCACUGGGGACACAGGGUGCACAGAUGAACCCAAUGAGGCCCUCGAGGCCCAAGGCACUAGGCCCGGGCUGCGGCUGCUCCUGUGGCUGGAGCAGAAUCUGGACAGAGUGCUUCCUCAGCCCCCCAAAUCCUCUGAGGUCUGGAGAGAUGAGCCUGCAGUUGCUACAGGUGCUGCCUCAGACCCAGCGCCUCCAGGACGCCCCCAGGAAAUGGGGCCCAAGCUGCAGGCCCGGGAGACCCUCUCCCUGCCCACACCUGUCCCCCUGCAGCCCAAGGAGGAACCCAAGGAGGCACCAGCUCCAGAGCCCCAGCCCGGCUCCCAGGCUCAGACCUCCUCCCUGCCACCACCCAGGGACCGUGCCAGGCUGGUGGCGUGGGUCCUGCACAGGCUGGAGAUGGCGUUGCCGCAGCCAGUGCUACAUGGGAAAAUAGGGGAACAGGAGCCUGACUCCCCUGGGAUAUGUGAUGUGCAGACAAUCAGCAUCCUUCCUGGAGGGCAAGUGGAGCCUGACCUCGUCCUAGAGGAGGUUGAACCGCACUGGGAGGAUGCCCACCAGGAUGUCAGUACCAGCCCACAGGGUACAGAGGUGGUUCCAGCUUACAAAGAAGAGAACAAAGCUGUGGAGAAGAUGCCCAGAGAGCUGUCCCGGAUUGAAGAGGAGAAAGAAGAUGAGGAGGAGGAAGAGGAAGAGGAGGAGGAGGAGGAAGAGGAGGAGGUGACUGAGGUGCUGCUGGAUAGCUGUGUGGUGUCGCAGGUGGGUGAGGGCCAGAGCGAAGAAGACGGGACCCGGCCCCAGAGCGCUUCAGACCAGAAGCUGUGGGAGGAAGCUGGGGAGGAGGCCGAGGAGGAGGCUGAAGAGAAGGCCAAGGAGGAGGCCGAGGAGGAGGCUGAAGCAGAGGCUGAAAAGGAGCCCCAGGAGUGGGCCGAGACCAAGGAGGACCCUGAGGCCGAGGCCGAGGCUGCCAGUUCAGGAGUGCCUGCCACGAAACAGCACCCAGAAGUGCAGGUGGAAGAUACCGAUGCUGAUAGCUGCCCCCUCAUGGCGGAAGAGAAUCCACCCUCACCCGUGUUGCCGCCACCGUCUUCUGCCAAAUCAGACACCCUCAUAGUCCCAAGCUCAGCCUCGGGGACACACAGGAAGAAGCUGCCCUCUGAGGAUGAUGAGGCUGAAGAGCUCAAGGCGUUGUCACCAGCCGAGUCCCCAAUGGUUGCCUGGUCCGACCCCACCACCCCGAAGGACACUGACGGCCAGGACCGUGCGGCCUCCGCGGCCAGCACAAAUAGCACCAUCAUCAACGACCGGCUCCAGGAGCUGGUGAAGCUCUUCAAGGAGCGGACAGAGAAAGUGAAGGAGAAACUCAUUGACCCUGACGUCACCUCUGAUGAGGAGAGCCCCAAGCCCUCCCCAGCCAAGAAAGCCCCAGAGCCAGCUCCAGACACAAAGCCCGCUGAAGCCGAGCCAGUGGAAGAGGAGCACUAUUGCGACAUGCUCUGCUGCAAGUUCAAACGUCGCCCCUGGAAGAAGUACCAGUUUCCCCAGAGCAUUGACCCGCUGACCAACCUGAUGUAUGUCUUAUGGCUGUUCUUCGUGGUGAUGGCCUGGAAUUGGAACUGUUGGCUGAUUCCCGUGCGCUGGGCCUUCCCCUACCAGACCCCGGACAACAUCCACCUCUGGCUGCUGAUGGAUUACCUAUGCGACCUCAUCUACUUCCUGGACAUCACCAUGUUCCAGACACGCCUGCAGUUUGUCAGAGGCGGGGACAUCAUUACGGACAAAAAGGACAUGCGAAAUAAUUACCUGAAGUCUCACCGCUUCAAGAUGGACCUGCUCAGCCUCCUGCCCUUGGAUUUUCUCUAUUUGAAAGUCGGUGUGAACCCCCUCCUCCGCCUGCCCCGCUGUUUAAAGUACAUGGCCUUCUUCGAGUUUAACAGCCGCCUGGAAUCCAUCCUCAGCAAAGCCUACGUGUACAGAGUCAUCAGGACCACAGCCUACCUUCUCUACAGCCUGCAUUUGAAUUCCUGUCUUUAUUACUGGGCAUCGGCCUAUCAGGGCCUCGGCUCUACUCACUGGGUUUACGAUGGCGUGGGAAACAGUUAUAUUCGCUGUUACUACUUUGCUGUGAAGACCCUCAUCACCAUCGGGGGGCUGCCUGACCCCAAGACACUCUUUGAAAUUGUCUUCCAGCUGCUGAAUUAUUUCACCGGCGUCUUUGCUUUCUCUGUGAUGAUCGGACAGAUGAGAGAUGUGGUAGGGGCUGCCACCGCGGGACAGACCUACUACCGCAGCUGCAUGGACAGCACGGUGAAGUACAUGAACUUCUACAAGAUCCCCAAGUCCGUGCAGAACCGCGUCAAGACCUGGUACGAGUACACCUGGCACUCGCAAGGCAUGCUGGAUGAGUCAGAGCUGAUGGUGCAGCUUCCAGACAAGAUGCGGCUGGACCUCGCCAUCGACGUGAACUACAACAUCGUUAGCAAAGUCGCACUCUUUCAGGGCUGUGACCGGCAGAUGAUCUUUGACAUGCUGAAGAGGCUUCGCUCUGUUGUCUACCUGCCGAACGACUAUGUGUGCAAGAAGGGGGAGAUUGGCCGUGAGAUGUACAUCAUCCAGGCGGGGCAAGUGCAGGUCUUGGGGGGCCCUGAUGGGAAAUCUGUGCUGGUGACACUGAAAGCUGGAUCUGUGUUUGGAGAAAUAAGCUUGCUGGCUGUUGGAGGCGGGAACCGGCGCACAGCCAACGUGGUGGCCCACGGGUUUACCAACCUCUUCAUCCUGGAUAAGAAGGACCUGAAUGAGAUUUUGGUGCAUUAUCCUGAGUCUCAGAAGUUACUCCGGAAGAAAGCCAGGCGCAUGCUGAGAAACAACAAUAAGCCCAAGGAGGAGAAGAGCAUGCUGAUCCUUCCGCCCCGGGCGGGCACCCCAAAGCUCUUCAGUGCUGCCCUCGCUAUGACAGGAAAGAUGGGUGGCAAGGGGGCAAAAGGCGGCAAACUUGCUCACCUCCGGGCCCGGCUCAAAGAACUGGCCGCGCUGGAGGCGGCUGCAAAGCAGCAAGAGUUGCUGGAACAGGCCAAGAGCUCGCAAGACGCCAAGGGAGAGGAAGGCUCGGCCGCUCCAGACCAAUUUAUGCCCCCAAAGGAGGCCGCCCCCGACCCACCCGCGCCCCGGAUGCCCCCCGAGCCCCCGGGGUCUCCACCGCGCUCUCCACCGCCUGCCUCCCUUGGGAGGCCGGAGGGAGAGGAGGAGGGGCUGGCCGAGCCCGAAGAGCACUCGGUGAGGAUCUGCAUGAGCCCGGGCCCGGAACCGGGAGAGCAGAUCCUGUCGGUGGAGAUGCUGGAGGAAAGGGAGGAGAAGGCGGAGUAAGGUGGGGUGAGGCGGAUCCCGCGCGCAGUUCCGGCAGGUGUGUCCCCAGCGCCCGUUGCGCCCCUGCGCCCCAGCGCCCCAUCUUCCCCCACGGCCCAAGAGGAGAUGCUUUUCCGCAGUCGUGGCCUCAGUGGCUGCAGCUCUGACCGCCCCGCCAGCACGCCAGCCCCGACUCAGCUCCUGGCGGGGCUGGGCCUGAGCUCGACAAGUUGCAUCAAGUGUUCGAGUCCCUGAGCUCUCACUAUCAUUUGAGAGCCCUACCUUGUCCUGACUGUUCCUCUUUUUAAGAACAAAAUGAUUUUCCACUUUUAAAGUUCAUGGGUGGGGGAUAAAAUGAGGCUCCAAUACAUGGGAAGCUUUGUUGAAAAAGUAAAGGGUUAUUGAAUGUGUGGGGUUUCCCCUCAGGAAUUUGUCCAACACAUUUCAAGGAUAGAAAAUACUUCACGGCCGGGCAUGGUGGCUCAUGCCUAUAAUCCCAGUGCUUUGGGAAGCCGAAGCAGGAGGAUCACUGGAGGCCAAGAGUUGGAGAGCAGACUGGGUAACAUAGCGAGACCCCAUCUCAAACAAAAACAAAAACAAACCAAAAAACAAUAGCCAGGCGUGAUGGUGUGCACCUGUAGUCCCAGCUACUGGAGAGGUUGAGGCAGGAGGAUGGCUUGAGCCCAGGAGUUUCUGGCUGCAGUGAGCUGGACACAGUGAGACCCUGUCUCAAAAAACCUAAAAGACAGCCCUGCACAGUGGUUCACAUCUGCAAUCCCAGCAGUUUGGGAAGCUGAGAUGGGAGGAUUGUUUGAGACCAGCAGUUCAAGAUCAGCCUGGGCAACAUGUUGAGACUCCAUCUCUACAAAACAGCAGCAGAAACAAAAGCAAACAACAACAACGUACACAAACAAAAAAACAAAGAAAGGAGGGCAGUUGAGCUGUUCAGCUGAGAAUUGCCACGGUUCUGAGCUGAGCUUGGGAUGCUGUUUUCCUUUGCGGGCAAUCACAGUAGGGGGCUAGAUGCCCAUUAAGGUAGUUAGUGCUUAUCUUCCCCAGACUCUAUUCACUUCCAGUGCAAUGCCAUUAUCUCAGAACAGGUAGAAGGGAAAUGGACUUACUGGCCAGGGGCUACUAGCGUUUCUGCCUCUGCCAGGAGGGACAGCCCGGUAGGAGCAUCCUCUGCCUGUCAUCCUGAGAAACCCCAUUCGCCAGCAGGGAUCAGUCCGUUACUCACUUUUGACACUCUCGCUGUAGAGAUGGUGGCAGCAACUUCAAUUAAUCCUAGAAAAUGAAAUCUCCCAGCUGAUGACAGCACUUACAUUCCCUAAAGCUUUCCAGAUCGUGUCAUGUUGCUUUUAUGAUUCACACACACAAAAAAAAAAAGAAAAGAAAAAAGGGUCAUUCAGGGAAUGAAUAUUUAUCAAGAGGAUUUUAUUUGCAUACCGAAUGGCUCUUGGGGGAGUGAGUGAUUAAAAACAAAAUCUAGUAUUCUAGUAUUAGGCCAUUUGUUUUCACCUGCAACAGUGAACAUAAAGGACCUGAAAUUCCAAUAGGUCCUGCCCAUUUUAUAUAAAAUUACAGGAAAAUGUGAGCUGCUCAGAGGCCUUUGAAGGUUUGCAAAUGUCUGUAUGUAUUUGUCCAAUCCACUAAAAACAACAUUCAUUUCCACUGUGGAAAAAUGAAAGAAUGUGGGAGUCCCCAGGCUGGUCUAAGCAUUUCCAAACCCCAGAGUCAGAAACAGAUUUGUCUAGUUGAUGGCUUGUCACGUGAUCCGGGUAAUCAUCACAUUGAAUAUAGUGAUGAUUGACCUUAUUAUUUUACCCUUUUUUUUUUUAAAAAAAAAAAGCUUUAAAAUGUGUUUUAAUAGACAAUAACAUAUUUACAUGGGUACAAAAGGACAUCCAAUAAAAAUUCUUCAUCCUACCCCAGUACCCAGCUUCCUUGGUUCCCUCUCUGGAAGCAACCACUGUUAACAGUUUCUCCUGUAUCCUUUCAGAGUUAUUUUAUGCUUAUACAAGGAAAUAUGUAACUGCUUCUUCCCUUCCUUUUAAAUUUUAACAGAAGUGGUAACACAUAUUAGAGCCACUGUUAUUUUUCACUUAAUUUACUUUGGAGAUUGUUCCCUAUCCUUAAAGAGCAUGCUUAUUUUUUCAGGAUGGCAAUCUAGUUUGUUGAAUGGAUGUAUGAUAACAUUUAAACGACUCUCCCAUUGAUGGGCAUUUGCGUUGCUUCCUAUCUUACGCUGUUAAAAAUAAUGCUGCAAUAAAACAAUCUUGUGCAGACAUCAUUUCACUGGUAAACAUGUUUUAAAUGGGGGAACUCUGCGAGUUUAGGCAGUUAUUUUUCCUUCGUCUCCAUUUACUGUUUGUAUAUUUGUACCACAUAGUCUAAGAUCGAAGCACAGAGAAUGCUUCCACCAUUAGCAAGUAUUUCAGAUAUGCUAAUAAACACAUUGCUUUUCAGUAAAUGGAAAAAUGCUUCAACAACACCUUAUCUGUGAGAUCCUAUUUUAUAAGGAAUCUUUUUUGUACGAAUGUACUUAUUCUUUUAGAUAUCAGUUCUUAAAUGUAUACUGCUUAUGAUAUAAAGCAAGAGAUUCUUGAGGUUCCCAAGAAUUGUCCUGGAAAGAAAAUUGAUUUUGAAAUGAGAUUAGCAGUGUUUUAAUUUUGCUGAGAUAACUCCUUUAACUCAGCACUUUCACAAAACUUAGAUAUUAAAUAAAUUGAAUUUGAGGCUGGCAUUCUUCUCCAAAUUGAAUUGGACUGGUUGUUUGCUGAGGUAUGAAUGGAACAGCUCAGAAGUAUUAUAAUUCUGUAGCUGAAACAGGAUGCUUCUUUAUGUAUGUUGAAUCUCUACUCAUUUAAAAUGUCUCAGCAUUUCUUGCAUUUAGAUAGAAAAUAAAUAGUCAGUUAUUUUUUUAACUACAUAAAUAUUUUAAAUAGAAUGAAAACCAAGAAGCUGUUUCAAAUUUUAUUAUCAAAGUGUAUUCAGCUACCUGGAAUAUCUUAGUCUGUUUUCUUAGUAAACAUGAACACUUUAUUUACACUCUGCCUUUCAUAUUACAAUGCAUUUAAUUAAAGUAUUUAGA